AACAAAUUUUGUUUCAUUUCAGCCAUGGCAACAAUUGAAGAACCUAAAGUCAUUAUUGUUGGUGCUGGCCCUGCUGGUUUAGCCACAGCUGCAUGUCUUAAAAAAAGUUCUGUCCCUUACCUUAUUCUUGAAAAAGAUGAUUGUUAUGCUUCUAUGUGGAAAAAAUAUUCCUAUGAUAGACUUCACCUUCAUUUGGAUAAACAAUUCUGUCAACUUCCUCACAUUCCAUUUCCCUCUUCUUCUCCUUCUUAUAUACCCAAAAAAGAGUUCAUUCAAUACUUGGAUGACUAUGUUUCCCAUUUUAAUAUCUCUCCUUUGUACAAAAGAAGAGUUGAGUCUGCUUAUUUUGAAGAAUCCACAAGAAAAUGGAAUGUUAAGGUUAGAAAUGGAAAUUCUGGUGAUGUGGAGGAGUAUUUUAGCAAGUUCCUUGUGGUGGCAACUGGAGAAGCUAGUUACCCUUUUAUUCCUCAGGUCCCUGGUUUGGAAAAUUUUGCAGGAGAGGCCAUUCAUACUACUAAAUACAAAAAUGGAGAGAAAUUUAAGGGUAAAAGUGUUUUGGUUGUUGGUUGUGGUAAUUCUGGCAUGGAAAUUGCACUUGAUCUUGCUAACCAUGGAGCAAAAACUUCCAUUAUCGUUCGAAGCCCGAUACACUUAAUAUCAAGAGAGAUGGCAUAUUUGGGGCUAGUGAUGUUAUUGAAGUAUAGCGUUCCAUACAAGGUGGUGGACUUAAUAAUGGUGAUAUUAAGCAAGGUAAAGUAUGGAGAAAUAAGCAAGUAUUAUGGGGUGAAAAGGCCAAAAGAGGGACCCUUUGCUUCUAAACUAAAGUAUGGUAAGUACCCAGUGGUUGAGGUGGGGACACAUGAAAAAAUCAAGUCUGGUGAAAUCCAGGUGUUACCUGCAAUGACACGCAUAGCUGGAGGAAAUGAUGUUGUGUUUGAGAAUGGUAAAUCUCAUUCCUUUGAUGUUAUCGUUUUUGCUACUGGCUUCAAGAGAACUACUCACAACUGGCUUCAGGGAGAUGAUUAUCUUUUGAAUGAAGAUGGACUUCCAAAAGCAGCAUUUCCAGAUCACUGGAAGGGGAAGAAUGGACUCUACUGUGUGGGGCUAUCUAGGAGAGGACUUUAUGGGAUUGCAUUAGAUGCCCAAAACAUAGCCACACAUAUCAACUCUCUUCUCUCAUAAUUUCUUGCUCUGGACUCUUGUUGACUGGAAGGUUUUAAAGCCUCUGGAAUAAUUAAUUUCAUGUAUUAGUAAUUAGUAUAAUAAUAGUAUGAAGGGGUCCAUCGGAUGUGAUUGUUGGUUAGUUAAAUUAAUUAAAAUAUGAGAUGUAUAGUCUCUAUGUGAUGUGAUGAGGAACAUAUAUAUUUUUGUCUCUAUACAUAGAUUUUCUUGG